AUGCCUCACGUUGAAGGCAGCAGCGUGGAGCCGAUGGCCAGUGGACUUGUGAAAUGGUGGAGAGCCAAGUUCCACGGCGGUUACAAACAGAUAACAGUUCUGUCCGGUGACUGUGGUGCAACGGACACCGAGGAGCUGAUAUGCCACCGAGCUCCAUCCGCCUGCAGUGCGCCACCCGACUUACUGCCACGCAAUGAGGCCCUGACGCUCGCCGACAACGCGGCUUAUGGCUCGGUGGCGUCACAAAAACGCGCCGAGCGGGAGCGGGAGCGGGAGCGGUGCGAAAGUCGGCUCAAACCGGCACAACCAUCACCCUUAAUUCAACAUCAACAGAAUACGACAACACCUUCUGAACGGCCCCCACAUCAUAUGACAAAUAAUGCGACAAAUGUUCAUAGCAGUAAUAAUAAUAAUAGCAGAGUGCAUUUCGAGGAAUUCACAUGUGAUGUAUCAAUAGAGGGCGGUGAGGAUGGCUCCGGUGUUAAUAUUAGCCAACCACUUCAAUUUUCUUUCACUUUAUAUGACCUGGAUGGACAUGGACGAAUAACCAAAGAUGAUAUUGCAGGAAUAGUUUCAACAAUAUAUGAAUCUGUAGGAAAAUCAGUUAUAGUACCUCAUUAUGGUAGCAAGACAAUUAAAGUACGAUUGACAGUAGCCCCUGAACAAAAAUCACCAACAACCACCAAACUUGUAAAUAACUCAACUCCAAAUAGGCCCGCGCCCAGGCGAGAACCUGCUUUUCACAGGCGGAAACCUAGGCGAAGAAAAACAGUUCCAACGGCUCCUAUUCAUAGUGAACCUGUUUCAGAAGAGGAACAUUGUUCAGUUUUGUUUGAUGAUGAAGUGGCUAGUGAUUCGGAUGGACAAAAAGGUCAAUCCAGAAGGGCUAGACUUUAUACAAAACAACAUGCAAAAAGGCCACCCUCGUCACAAGCCACAGAAUGUACAUUAUUAACCGCUGGUAAACAUGGACCAAGGGGAAGAAGUUUAAGUGCAGGCAGUGGACCAGAACAAAGAGGAUAUUGGCGCAGGUCAGGGUCUUUACAGAGGCGAGAACUAUUAGAAAUCAUUCAAGCCAGCAUGGAGAAGAACAACCUGUGUUUUCAAACCAAUAGAAAACCAAAUAAUGAAGAUCGCUCCAAUGCCAAACGUCAUAGAAAUCGGGCACACACUGUAUCUAAAACCGUGGAGCCUCAAGAUAGCAAAUUUUGCAGAUAUGACAGCUUUCUACAUUCUGUAAUUUGUUCUCAGCAGCACACACACCAGCAUAAUAUUGCCUCACAAAUCAAACCAAAGAAUGGAACACCUCAAACAACUCCUCAAAGGUCAAGAUCACAUGAACUAGGUCAAACAAAUCCUGCUAUUCGAUACACUCUUCUAGAACCAUCCGAUGUCAGUUAUUGCAAAAUGGAUUUGAGAAAAAAUUUACAGAAAAAACAUACUGCACAUGUUUGUUCACCUCAUCAUUUAAAACACCAGAACAGAGAAAAGUAUCAUGCACGGGCCAUGGCUCAAGUUGAGCGUUGGUUGGAAAAUGAUAAUGCUACAAGACUAGCUUCCAAGCAGAAAAAAAUGCAGCAGGCUUGUGUAGAUCCAAUUGAUUCUCAAGAAUGUGAAGGAUUAUUAAAGACAACUGAUAAAAUAAAUGACUCACUAGAAGAUAAGUCGUCCAGUCCUACAAACUCAACAAUUCAUCGUUAUGUACAUGAACACAUACAUCAUCAUUAUCAUCAUUUUGAGGAAGAAGCCUCUGCCGCAUGUUGAGGAUAAAAAAUUGUAGUUAUGAACUUAGUACAAAAAUAUACACAUUGUUUUUCCAAAUACAUAAACAAAUAUCUCACAAUAUAUCAAAUUUUAAAGCUGCUCACUAACUCACUUUUUAUCUUGAAUUGCUGUUAUCAUAUCUCUCCAUGAUGUAUCAAUAGUAAUUCGUAAAUUGUAUAAUCAAAUUA